CACAUACUCAUGUCUAAGCUUUAUAGCUCCUUACAACCCUACGGUACUUAGCCAGUCUGACAGAGUUAGCAAGACCGCAUGUGUCUGUAUGUGUGUAUCAGACACAGAGAGGCAGCUGAGGUGAGAGUGUGAAACAGUGAGAGGGAAAACCUAGAAGAAAGAAAAAAUAACCCAGCAAAUCAAAGAGGAGGGGAGGGAGUCAGUGGACACAGCAAAAAGGCAGAGCAGAGAGGGUCAUGUGAGUCUAUCUUUAACAGAUCUGGCACCAAAGUCGAGGGAUGUAUUGACUAGAUGACCAUCCACGACACAAACCAGCUUCCUGUCCUGGAGACUUGCAGGAGCCGACGAGAAAAUAUCCACUCAGAGCCUGAGGUAAACACUCUUCAACAAGACCCACGUCAUUGGAUCAUGUCGGCUGUUGGGUCAACAAACCACAACAAACGUCUGGCAUCUGAGACGGACAACUCUCAGCGAGUUCUCAACAAUGAGUCUGCUCAGCACUUGAAGCUGAGGGAGAGGCAGCGAUUCUUUGAGGAGGUCUACCAGCACGAUGUGGUCAACUAUGUGCCCUCUACACACUUGCAGAUUGACUGCAGAAAACCUCCCAUGGGUAGUAUUUCAUCCAUGGAGGUGAAUGUGGAUGUUCUGGAACAGAUGGAUCUGAUGGACAUAGCGGAUCAGGAGGCCCUUGAUGUGUUUCUCAAUUCAGGCUCGGGAGCAGAGGAAGGAGCCCUUGCCUCUCCACUACCAGAUGAUGAUGAUGAUGAUGAUGACGAUGAUGAGGAAGAGGAUGAAUAUGAUGAGGAUGAAGAUGCAGAGGUUGUUUACAGGGAGCGUGCACCUCUGCAACGGCAAGCUGAAGUUUACCGUGGCUCACAGUCGCGCAUCUCUUCCACAUCAUCUGGAUCCAGCAACGCCAGCAUCAGUGGAGCCGACACUCCUGUCAUCCAGUCGGAUGACGAGGAAGUACACGCUGACACGCAGCUGCUGACCUCAGUUCCACAGGAAAAGGAUGAAGAAACAGGGGAGGAAGAGGAGGAAGAGGAGGAGGAAAGAUGCUGUCCAACGCAUUUUCAGAAAGACUGAGUUUUAUUCCUUCUAGAGCCUUUAAUCAAUCUUACUCUCUUCAUUUACAUUCCUAUUUUAUGGGAUGAAAAUCCCAGCAUGGUUAACUGUGAUUUGGUGCAUCAUUUGAAUUUUUUGUCUAACUGCCAUACAUUUAGCUUCACAUCAAAACUGUUAACACCCUGUAUUCUUCUCUUGUUUUCUUUGACAUAUCCUAUUGAAUGGUCUGUUGGCCGUUUAAAAGCCCUUUGCAUUUAAUAGAUGAGUCACGCCUCUUGCCUGCUGUAACGUGUUUAUACCUGCAAUGGGACAAGUUCAAUGUUUUAUUUCUCUCAAAUGCCAGGGGGAAACUUCAUCCAACAUAUUUUUUCCUUUAGUCAUUUUUCAACAACCAUGUGAGAAACAAAAAUGGAGGGAAGUCAUACUUGUUGAACAAACACAACACAUAUCAAGGUACUUUAUGAACUUGACCCCUUUUUACAGAAAAGUUGAGAGACAGUUUAAAAUUAAAAUAAAGGCAUUUAUGAUUUGUGAACAGCAAAUAGACAAAAUUUUAAGAAUAAUUUUUGCCAACCUAUAAUUGUAAAAUAAUUUCAGGAAUGUAUCACUGAUAUUAUAUGAUGUCAGGGAAUUUCAGAAAAUGCACAGAUAACUCUGAGGGACAAGGCAGGAAACAAUUUUGAACAGAAGAUCUUAAGUGGCAAAACUGCAGUCCAGAUCUGCCACCCCAAAAAACGUCCAUACACUCAUAACAAAGUGAAACUCCUGACAAGGUGUCCAACAUGUUUCUGUCACAUGCUUUUCAAAAAGCGCAGGAGUACAGUAGUGUCACUGUUCAACUGUGUCUGAACAGAUCUGCUCAGAGAACAUGCAAGUAUAAACUUAGUCACAAGUUUCCCUGAAAACCCUUCAAAUGCAUUACACUGUACGAGAAAGCAAACGGCAAAUAAUAUGUUCUGGAGCACCACGACACUACAAACAACAUUUUAUUGCCAAAAACUGUUCUCUGUGGUUUUUCCACAGGCAGCUGCUACUGAUCCCUCUUUCAUGCACAGUGUUGUUUGAAGUCAUGUGUUUUACUGGUGCAGGUUGUUAAAACAUUGCACCGCAGAGAGAAAUGCUGAAGUAACAUCACAGUAAUCAGUUAGAUGGGAGCUGGUUCUAAUAUCACGUUGUAAUUCCUGUCCCAUACUGUAUAGAUUUGAUCAACCAUGGACUUCGCCAUCACUACUAUCCUCUAGGUUUUGGCUGUAGGUGUUGAGAACUUGCUAAUAUAGGCAAUAAUUUACAAAAGUGAAUUCAUUUAUUUUUUUCAACCUUGCCUGCUUGUCCUUGCAUGCGCCUGCUGAUGAUAUUCUCAUUUGAAAACAAGGCUUGUUGAACUUACAGAACAUUAUUAGCUAAUUUCCUUUUUAAAUUCAAUGAAUUGUUUAGUAAUGUUUAUGAAGUUUUAAUGAGAAUAUCCUGAAAAGCAAAAAGGACGGGGGGGUUCUAACUUCCCUCAUCUGAUAACAAAAACAGCAUGAUGUGAAAUUGUCGGUGCAGAUGAAGAUGGGAAGGCUUGAUAAACCUACAGUAGCCUGAGUUGCUCCUGGGACAUAAAACCAGGAAAUCAAAGAUUUUCAGACUGAGGUGGCCCAAACACAUCUUCCUAAAUUGAGAAGAGUAUCAAGUGUUUAUGUCUCUUUUGAAUAAAUAAACAAUAAUAAUAAAAACAAAUAGAAAAGAAUAAAAACAGGUUGUUUUUUCAGCCAUGAACUGAGAAACUGCUGAAAUAGAAUAGGAAAACGUUCUGCUUUCAAGGCUACAGAGGUUUGCUUACCCGUUUGGCCCGGUCCAAGUUUUUUGAACGGUACUACCAUCAAAUGAAGAGUAAAAAAGUUCUUCUGUUUACUUGUAUCAUUUAUGCAAAUAGAAAAUGUAACAAAACUCCCUCCAAAGUCCUCUACUUAACGUUUGACGUGGUGUCUCCAGCGUGCCUGGAGACAGGGCUCUGCACCGCGCCUGACAUCUAAACCCUCAAAGGAAUGAUUAACCUUCCCUCCAUGCGCGCACUUCACACAGUGACACUGUUUGAAUUGUUGAAAACUAUUUAGUUUGCUUUUCUUGGAAUUUGUUUUCAUGCCUUUGUGAUUAAGCAUUCACACUUCAAACUGACAGCUUGUGACCUAAAGGCUGAACCUCAAGGACCAAACAUGCAGUCUUAACUGCAGCCAUAAUGUCUCCAUUUCCAUAUGUAGUAUUGUUUUUUUUAUGUGUGUGGUUAAAAAAAUGACUCAGUGAACAAAAUUCCUUAAAGUUUGCAUUUCCAUGUGAUUUUUACAAAUCUGUUGGAAGGUAUUUUCAGGAACUGUAGACGCAUGCCAUUUGAUUCUUGUAAAUGUAUACUUCAUAUGUUCUUAAGACUGUAACUAAUGUCUAUUUUCUGUACUAUUUAGGUGACACGUGUGCAAAACGCGUUCCUGUUCAAUGUGUCAGAUGGAUUUAGAGCUAGUUAUUUGUGAUCAUGUGGAGAGUGAGUGAUGUGAUGGGUAUGGGUCUAUGUGUUUAUGCUUUGUGUAGUGUAUGCAUUUCUGAGGUGUGAGUCAAAAUGUUUCUGCGCAGCAUUACAGCUGCUGCCUUGGUUGAGCCUAGACUUUCUUUGAAAACAGAUUUGAAUUCCUUUCCCAGAUCAGAAUCGUACAAUGCAAACAAACUGAAAUAAAAUAAAGAGGACACGCCUGUUGAAUGAUCUGUUGCUU